GGCAGCCGGAGGAGAAGGUCACACACCAUCGGGCUGGGGGAGCAGCCGCUGCGACACGUCAGACCUUUGCAGACCGAUGCCCAGGAGAGCGCAGGCCACAGGGACAGGUCCUUGAUACCUCAAGUCAGAAAAGCCAACUCACACAGGAGUUUACAAUGUCAAGCAACAUUUCAGAAUGCCAUAUCUAUGAAGAAAUGGAACCUUUUACCUAUUUUUACUACUUGAUUUUUCUUACGGGAAUUAUUGGAAGCUUUUUCGCACUGUGGGCAUUCACACAGAAGCAUCAGAAACACAAGCCUAUGAGCAUCUACUUAAUCAACCUCCUCACUGCAGAUUUCUUGUUAACUUUGACUUUGCCAAUGAAGAUUAUUGUUGACUUAGGAAUUGCGUCCUGGAAUCUGAGAAUAUUCCACUGCCAAGUUACAGCCUGUUUCAUCUAUCUGAACAUGUAUUUAUCGAUCAUAUUUUUGGGAUUUGUGAGCAUGGAUCGCUGCCUGCAGUUGAUGCACAGCUCUAAGAUCUACCGCAUCCAGGAGCCGGGGUUUGCCAGGACGCUGUCGGUGGUCGUGUGGCUCAUGGUUCUCCUCAUAACCGUGCCUAACAUGGCUAUUCCCAUACAACACAUCGAGGAAAGACCCGGCGCGGGAUGCAUCGACUUCAAAACCAAGUUUGGGAGAGACUGGCACGUGUUCACUAAUUUCAUAUGCACAGCGAUAUUCCUGAAUUUCUCAGCCGUGAUCCUGAUUUCCAAUUUCCUCGUCGUCAGACAGCUCCACCGCCACAAGUACAGCGAGAGCUACGGCAGCGUGAGGAAGGCACUGACCCACAUCCUGCUGGUGACGGCCGCGUACCUGCUCUGCUUCGUGCCCUACCACGCCGUGCGCAUCCCCUACACGCUGAGCCAGAGGGACACCACGGCCAGCUGCCCCCUCAGACGGGCCCUCUUCAAAGCCAAGGAGUCCACCCUGCUGUUUGCAGUCUCAAACCUCUGCUUUGACCCCAUUCUCUAUUACCACCUUUCCAAAUCCUUCCGGCUGAAGUUCACAGAGGCGUUUGCAGCCCCCAGGCAGACAAAGGCGCUCACAGACGUGGAGCUGCAGCACAGCAGUGAACAGCAGGUACAUGGCCCUGACUCUCAAACACGAGGACAGAGUGAGCCCACCUGCAGCAGUGAACAGCAGGUACAUGGCCCUGACUCUCAAACACGAGGACAGAGUGAGCCCACCUGCAGCAGUGAACAGCAGAUACACAGCCCCAGCUCUCAAACAUGGGGACAGAGUGAGCCUGAGCCUGCCAGCAGCAGUGACAGCUGUUGGGUGACUGUGUGUGCAGACACCACGGGUGACAACGCUCCUGACGAUUCGUGAGCCCAAGCAGAAGGAAAAUACUUGAUCAAUAAAUGCCCAUGGUUGUGUUCCACACUCACACAGGAGGUCUGAGCUCACAGAGCCUUCAGCAAUGCCUUCCAAGAGCAGCUCAGUGAGCAGUGGUGACCCACCAGGGAUCAGCAACGUGUAACAAUACGUGUUCAGACUCAAACAUACUUUAGAAUUAUUUAUGGCAAACACCUGAACUCACCUUUUCUAAGUUAAAUAUUGUGUAUUUACUAUAUUAAAUGACUUGGUGCAAUCAAGUGAAGAAAUUAGUGAAUGGAAGUUCUUCAGUUGCAAAGUUUUUUCACACACAUGAUUAACCCAAAAGCAUCUCAGAGGGCAUUAUUUACUCCAGACAGGGAUUUUAAACUGCACUGAUUAAAAAUUAUUGUAUCUGCCUAUAUCAUACCUGCAGUUUUUAUACAUAAAUUUCUUUUUCUUACCAAGUUCCAUUGCCUCUCCUUGCUGCUGCUUCAAUGAAUAUGAAAAAACCUAACAUGUUAUUGUAGAAAAUCAAGCAACUUUUAAAACAAAGAUAGAGUAUAAGUAUCCAGCUUGUUCUCUUUGCUUGUUUUCUGUUCAUAAAAAUUUAUAAAACAGCAACUAAGUUUAUUAAUAUUCUGAUAUACAUUUACUUCCAAAACUUAUGCAUAUGCACAAUAAUCAAUAAUGAAAAUUUAAAAAUCAAUUUGCACUGGCAAAAUCCAGCUACUUAGAUUAGCUCCAUCUGCAAAUCAAAACUAUUUCAGAAACAAAACCAAGUUAUCUUUUUUCUAAUCCUUGGGCA